GGCGGACGUUUGCUCUCCACUUCGGCCAGUUGCUUUCGAUCCAGCGAGUCUACUGUUUCGCAUAUUCAGGCGCUCGUUGCCAAUCGUUCGUAUCCCUGAAUUAGGACUUGUCCCUCGAGAUAGAAAUGGGGACGAAUCGGUUGCUCAUUGGACUACUAUUAGUGAUGUUUUUACUGACUAGUGCUGCAUUUGCUGAGAAAAGAAGAAAAUAUCGGCGUAGGACAACAACAACCGAAGCAUCUCCCCAAGAUGAUGUUAUGAAUAUACUUGAAGCAGACGAAGUUGCUGAAGAAGCUGCAGCUUCUCGAGAACAUGUGCAUGAAGGUGAUUUAUAUGGAAAAAGUACAUAUUUGGCUCAAGGCGAUGCAUGCCAGCGUAAACAUUGUGGACCUGGUCGUGUUUGCCAGUUAAUGGAAAAUCAAGAGCCUACGUGUGCAUGCAUUACAAAAUGCGAUGAAGAAAGCGAUCCACGAAGACGAGUUUGUACGAAUUAUAAUGAAACUUUUGGAAGUGACUGCGAAGUUUAUCAAGCUAGAUGCUUCUGCGAUACUAAUGAUCCGCGUUGCAGAGGUCCUGACUACCAACACGUUCAUAUUGAAUAUUAUGGAGAGUGCAAACAAAUGCCUCCUUGCAAGGAAGAGGAUAAAAUCGACUUUCCACGUCGCAUGCGCGACUGGCUCUUUAACAUAAUGCGCGACUUGGCCGACCGUCAAGAACUGCCACAGCAUUAUGUGAAAAUGCAACGUGAGGCCGAAUCAAACCAUACUUUGCGCUGGUCCAAUGCAGCAAUCUGGAAGUGGUGUGACUUGGAUGGGUAUCCUCACGACCGCGCCGUGUCUCGACACGAACUCUUUCCGAUUCGUGCACCGCUCAUGGCUCUCGAGCACUGCAUCGCACCCUUUCUUGACUCUUGUGAUGCCGAUAAUGACCACAAUAUCACUCUCAAGGAAUGGGGAAAAUGUUUGGAGCUGGAAGAGGAUGAUCUAGAAGAACAAUGCGACCAUUUAGCAGAAGCUACUGGCGAAUACAACGAAAAAGAAGAAAAUUAAAUCAUUAACGAAAAUAAUUAUUCCAGGAAAGAAUAAAUUAUCCA